GGGCAGCCUUCACAGAAAACGUGGGAAUCGAUUGUUUUGAUUAGAUGCUGAUAGAUGGCAGCAGUAAUGAUCACCACCACUGGCUGUGUUUAUGCCGAGAUGUCAUCCUCCAUUAAUGGCUAAUACACUUCAGCAGGAGGCCGCGUUGCUGACCUGACCUCUCGUGGCCGUGUGAGGAGGGCGCGCGGGCCUGCUGGCGGCCUGGCCUCCCCUCCACCAUGCAGCACCUACCGGAGAUCCUGGAAGGCAGGAUGAACCAGGACCAGUUUCUUCUUAAGUGGAACAACCACCAAAAUAAUUUUGUUGAAGUAUUUAGUUACUUACGUACACAAGAUGCUUUUGUUGACGUUACACUGGCUUGUGAUGGAAAGUCUUUCUCGGCACACAAAGUUGUCCUCUCGGCAUGUUCACCUUAUUUCCAGACACUUUUCCAGACUAAUCCAUGCAAGCACCCAAUUGUCUUCCUAAAGGAUGUCAAAGGCCAAGAGUUGGAAGCUCUGAUAGAGUUUAUAUAUAAAGGAGAGGUAAGCGUGUCUCAAUCCGAGCUGGCUUCAUUAAUAAGUACAGCAGAGAACCUCAAGAUCAAAGGUCUGGCUGAACCUGACAGACCAGCAGAGAAGGUGGUCAAGAGAAUAGGCUCUCCUAACCGGUCCCAGAAUCCUACCUUACCUCCUCAGUCCACCCCGCCGACAGCCAUUGCGGUGGGGGUGGGGUUGGGGCUGAACCAGCACCUCCAAGUGUCAAAAUACCCCCCAUCUAGUCCCGUCGCCAAACGGAAAAAAACUGAGCAAUUUAAUGUUCAAAGUAGUUAUGUUGGUGUUAGAGAAAACCAAGAGGAGGUUGUGACAGUGGAAGCAGGGAAUGGUGAGAACUUGAGUCUCCGCGGGGAGAACCUUAGCUUGCGGGGCGAGAACCUAAGCCUGCGAGAACACCCUGCGCCGCAGGUGGUGUUAGUGCCGUCACAUGAGCCGCCGCCACACCAGCCAGAGAUAACUUCUCACGCGCCGCAGCCAUAUGCUAGUCACCACUGUCCCAUCGCCACGUCUGACGGCGUCCUCUACUCAGUCUCAGGGACGGCCAUCUACGCAGGGACGGCCCAAGUCAGCUCAUCAAGUCGGGUGGAGCAGCUGCCACGUGAGGUGUACCCACAAACAGAGCAAUACCACAGCAGUGAUGAGGGAACUGUGCCAGGCCCAUCAGGGGUGCAGGCCCAACCACACACUGACUCAUCAAUGACUAUAAAGUUAGAACCGGCGACGGCAGGAGUGUCUACGGAGAACUGGGAAGGCAGCAAUCAGAGCUAUGAGGAUGGAGGGGGGAGCAGUAGUGGGGGAGUGGUGGCCUCGGCGGGGGACCCCAUGAACAUGCCUCUCCCCCUCCACUCCGACAUAGCUGAGUCCUCACAACUCCACGAUUCCUCAAGAGGGUCGUGUGUGUCUGCCACUGCGCGCUGUCACGACAUGUCGGCCUAUACCAUUGGAAGUGGUGGGGAGGUGGUUGGAGGGAGUGGUGGAGGGGAAGGCGGUGGCACCAUUCGCAGACUGCUGGAGUGUGAACAUUGUCACAAGCACUUCACGUCGCGGUUCAACCUGCAGCGCCACCAACUGAUCCACACGGGUGCGAAGCCGUACGAGUGUCCCCUGUGCCACCAGCGCUUCAACCAGUCCGGGCACGUCAAGACCCACCUCCGCACCCGUCAUCCCACCCAGGAGGCUCAGUCGCUGGCGGAGCUGGCGAAGCUGUAGCCUUUAGCCCCCGGACCCUUGGUGGUGGCCUGUUCGUCCCAGGAUAUCGAGGACCACCCCGGCGCCCUGAGCUGUGCAUCCCCGCAGACUCAUGAGCACUUCGUGGUGUACAGUCCCGUCCGGGCAGAACAGACCGCGGUCUGCGUCUCUCCUCAGCCCAAGGAGCAGCAAACUUUCAUCUUCAGACCUUUCCAAACCCAAGGUGUUCGGACGAUGGCUCUAAAACAGUACCAAGACCAGGACCACCCGUGUCCUCCGCAAAUCCACAACGAGACUCCCACGCCCACGUCGCCGCCUCAAGUGGCAGAAGAGCGCGGCAUCGUGACGACGUCCUGGCGGCCGCGUGACGUUGUUCCCUCCAGUUCUGGCGUCCACGUAGCCACAUCUCCUGCAGCGCCGCCUGUUGUUCAAAUCAUAUCUCAGACAGCUCCGGCAGACCACCAGCCCACCACAGUGGAAAUAGAGCUGGACGUGGACCUGCUAAAAGCGUGGCCCUCGCAGGACAAACAGUACCAACCGUGAUGGGCCGCCGGUGCUUGUGGUGGCUGCGGCCCGGAACAUUGGCCUCACCCAAAAUAGCUUGACGUGUGCAGUGAGUAAGUGGUGUAUAUUUUUUUCAGUGUCAGAGUUUGUGAGUGAAUGGAGUUUGGUACAGAAGUGACCGCGAAUGACACCGACAUCAGUGAGUGGCCAGGCGGACUCAGUAUAUUAUACUCAUGACAGCAGCUCUUAUUCAGGUUACCUUAAUUUUUGUUAUAUUUAUUUAUAUUGUAAUUUAUUGUCCAGAGAUUAAUUAUGAUAAGUUAGAUAUUCGAAUAUGUGUUUGUUUAUAGAGACGGGGGCUCCGAAAACGACAACAACAACAGCAGCAGCAACGAGCCAUUGUGUUGGGUCUCUUACAGCGCCCACAUGGACCACGGCGGUGGCGCCACCAAGCUUAGCGUUUAUUUGUAAUCUUCGGCAUGGCUCAGGCUCUCCAGGAAAUGCUGCUCAGCAUCAGCGUUACUGCUCAGGAAUAUAGAGAGUAAGACAGACUGGCCGCAACACGGGUCAAGCUGUAGUGAUGCACUCAUCGUCUUCACGUCGUUUGAACGUUUGUAGUUUUAGUUCACCUUCACACACGCAUACGCACAUACGUACACGUCUUGACGUUUUCUCAGUUCACUGAAAUGGUGCGUGGGGUACUGCACCGCGAGACACUGCUGGGAUGCGUUGGAGCGUGAGCGGUGCAACGAGGCACCUGCUGGCACCAGGCACUCCUCCCGAUCCUUCUCUGUCCUCUGGUCCCGCAGCAUGGCUCCGCCCGCAACCUUGCCCUUGAUUCAGUCUUUUCGAUCUCUACCACAGAUUCGUUCAGUAUUUGACUACUGAGAAGCGGUCAAGUAAGACGCGGAAGAAAAGCUUAGCACAAUGAGAAAUUUCAUUGAUUUUGAAAUAUUGUUUAAGUUGUCACUAGUGUGGUGAGAAACGUGAGAGAGGAAUCGGUAAGGGGAUGAAUUUGGCAGCGGUGAGACACAAGCCAACAGCAGCCGUCACUUAUUAGUCAAUCCCUGAAAGUUACAGAAUAUGUCUGCAUAAUGGGACAGACGAACGUCCGGGCCAGAUGCUGUCCUGAGUUCAUUGAGUGACAAAGGCAUACUUUUUCAGGAACCCUGGUGUGUUCUUGGCAGUUUAUCUUCUGUAGGUGGUGUCGCGAAACCCUUCACUGUGCAGCAAGAUUUGCAUGCGCUGAGUUAGAGAUACGUUAGACUUAAAAUUGUCUCUGAAAAAGUAAUUCACCUAAAUCUUGACACCUCGCAGCAGCAUCACAGUUCCGCUAGGAAGGAGGGAGGAAGGGAGGGAGGGAAGAAAGGAGUGCCGCCCCGCGCCGCCAUGACACAAUCAUCGUUUGUUUCGUUGGUAUGAUGAUCCUGAGCCCAGUCAAGGAUUUCCACAUUUGCUUUGCCCGGUUUGCCUAAUCGUUAUCCAUCUUGCGCUGGAGAACUUUGGAGGAUAAUGUUGAGGCGUGUGCGUGGAUGUGGCAUGGCAUAGCGUGGCGUGUAGGAGGCGUGCAGGUCUGCAGGCAACGGGCAACAAGAGACACUGCGAUACUUCAAUACGUUUAGGUGGAGGUUCCGCCGCCACAAGUAUGUACAGCAUGCAGGCCAUUCAUCCCUGAGCGGUGCACACACCGGGUGCUCCCACUCACCUCACCACGCACGUCGCGAGCAGUGUGGCGUCACUUACAACGGUCAUAACAAUAAUUGAAUUUGGCAGCUUCCUUCGUCGAAAAGUGACAAAUUUCCUUUUUGUAUUUUUCUACAUAGAAGUGUUUGUAUACCGACCAACGCUCACCCUCGUCCCGGUGAGGGAUCAACAACACACACACACACACACACACACACACACGUACCAGUGGCAUCGCCGCAUAGGGAGCCUCGCAUCCUCGGGGCGGGACGGGGCGAUGCGGCCGCCGCGCUAUUCAGGUUCAGGUUCAUAGGUUUAAAGUGUGAAUUAAUUUUAUAUUGCUGCUUGACACAAAUAUUUUUUAAUGCCAUUCGAUGAUUUGUAAAUAUUUGCUUAGGUUUGUUUCUCUUAUUUCUAAGGAUAAAUUUGUGCCUCUGGUCCUCGUUUGGCACAAAUGUUCAGGGAUAAUAGGCUGAGGGAAUAAUGAUAAUAAUAAUAAUAAUAAUAAUAAUAAUAAUGAUAAUAAUAAUAAUAGUAAUAAAUAAUCAGGUGUUGACGCUUGCUGACUACCAGACUACAACCACUACCAGUUCAAAUUGCUUUUCAUUCCUGGCUGUUUACUCUUACGACUCGAAAUCAGAAAGCAGUUUUUGUACGCAGAAGAUUUCCAGCACAUAUAUUUUUUCCCUACAUUGACUCACCAUUGAUAAGUAGACGUAAGCUCUUGUUCCUGCUUUAGUAUGCUACACGACGGUUUGUGAAGUGAAAGUUCAAACUUAACCAGUGCGGGUUUCUUCCUGUUUUUUUUCUUGUACACACACACAGAGAGAGAGAGAGAGAGAGAGAGAGAGAGAGAGAGAGAGAGAGAGAGAGAGAGAGAGUAAUUAGGGAACACUUAAGUCAGGUUUUAACAAUAACACAAUUCACAUGCAUAUAUACACAAAUAAAAAGAGAAAACAAAAACAAAAGGAAAGAGAAGAACAAAUAAGAUUAACAUUUUGCUCAUUUGUACAGAGGAACCAUGUUGUCUGUGUACUAUUACGUGACUACUAGUGUUGUACUACGAGAGGUAAUACAUACUAACUUGCAUUUGCGCCGGGGGGGGAAGGAGAGGCAGGAACCGCGUGGCGUUGUACAUGACCUCCUGCCGAUCCAAGUAUUAGUACAUACCUCUACUCUUUCCAUGCACCGUAAUGUAGCUAUGUGCCAAAGGUAGUCUGUCACCGGUAGCGUUCAAGGAUUUUUAUAAUGGUGUGCGCGCGUGUCAGAGAGAGAGAGAGUGAGUGAGUGAGAGAGAGAUGUUUAUCUUUUAACUAAUGAUUUCCUCACCUCAGACUUGUUGUGCAUUUCAUAGGAUUUAUUUUGUAUUAUUAAUUGAUAUUAUUAUUAUAGUUUUGUUAUGUAGUGUGUACUGUUUGCUUUUUUUCUACCUUGUAUAUAUUUACGUCUCUGUGUAUGUGGAGGCGAUGCGAGUAAUACUGUAUCGCCUCAUGUGUUGGGAUCGGCGGGACAAACUAUAAAAGACCUUUUUCUGAAACGUUCCAUGCACCUCCACUAUAUACAAGAGGUUUUAGUUUAAAUUAUACGGGUUUUUUAUACUUUUUUCUAUAACAUAGUUUAGUGACAGAUUGACAUUUUAUUUUUGUUAUUGCCAUUAGCAGUAGAAAGGCUCUUGAAAACCCGGUAAUCAUCUCUGUGGCCUUUGAAAAUAGUCGUGGUGAGAGAGCAAUGUUUCAGAAAACGGGCUUUAACCUGGGGUGGUGUGGGAUAUGCAGGUUAGUGGAGGGAUAUUGGAAGGUGGGGUGACUGGUGAAGCUUGAGAGAGACUGGCUAAGCUUGGGAGAGGCGGACGUAAGGUGAUCUUCUGUUCUGAUGGUUGUGUUCCUGCAUCUUAUUAAUUAUUUUUCCUCCACGGCUUCAUGCAACCUCUUUGUGACGUCAAAAUCUAUAUAUGUUAAUCCAUUUGUUUUUUUCGUUCCGUUCCGUCUUCGAGCAACAAGAUUUGAAGCAACAGACAUGAGUCCAGUACUGUAUAUGCUCCACACAUCAGUAGCAACAGCAAAAAAGAACAUUAACGAUCAUACUAACAAUUGCAGCAAUAAAGAUUACAUCGUUACAAUAAUAACAACAACAGUACUAGUAGCAGCAAUAAUAUUAAUGGGUUAAGAUUGCUGCGACAUGCCUACUGCGGGUGCUACUUCUGUUGUUGCUACUGCUGGUGCUGCUGUUGCUUGAGUUCAGUACGUUUUAGACUACGGAUUGAUGCUACAUUCUGCCAUGAUACCGGUGUGUGUGAAGGCCAGGUUUGUUGUUUGUAUAGUUAAGUUAUCGUCACUUGUCCUUUACGUGUCGCCACAGCGUGCAUUGUUUGCCCGGUUUACUUAUCUUUUCCCUCAGUUGUGAAGGGUUGUAGUACGUAUGUGCAUGUGGACUAGGCUGGGAGGUGUGGGUGGAGGACUUAACCGCGGCACACACACACACACACACACACACACACACACACACACACACACACACACACA